ACGUAGGUAAAUCGCAAGAUUAAACUUGCUUGCCAAUAUUUAAAUAUUUUCUCAUACAUAACGUUUAUGGACAUAAUUUUGUGAAAUGCUUUACAAAGUGUACGAUAUUUUUGUGUUUAUAAUGUCAAUUUUUAAAAUGGAUAAAAUGUAAACAUGUUUCAGAGAUUUCUUGUGGAAUUUGUGAUUAUGGAAUAAAUUGCUGACGCCAUGGAAGUAAAAGAUCAAUAGUGGAAAUAUGGCUGCAAAUUCUUCGGACACAAGGAAUUCUACAUUAGUUCCUUCGACAGCCGCGAAAACAACAUUUUUGGUGAUUUUCCUUCUUGUCGGAUUAUUUGGAAACCUCCUUUUAACAAUUACAAUAGGAAGUAACAGGAAACACAGAUCGAUUGUAAUAAAUAUAAUAACAAUAAAUUUGGCGAUCACAAAUUUGUUGAAUUGUUUUUUGAACUUUUCUUUUGCAAUAGGAUAUACUGUAUCGCCAUCUUUAGAUUUGGAUAUGUAUUUAUGCCGGGUUAAUUCCUUUUUCAUGAACAUAGUAACAAUAGAAACGCCAUUGACUCUGACAGUGUUCAGUCUUGACAGAUUUAUUUAUUCUAUAGUUCCAGAGAAAUAUGUAAGUCUACAAAAUAUUCCAAGAACAAUUUUUAUGAUAAUAUAUACUUGGAUACAGUCUGUGGCGUUUAGCUUCCCGUUCAUUACUGGGCUGAUUUCAGUAGAAAUAUAUAUAUAUUUGAGCGUCUGCCUUCAAUCCGAAGACAUUAACAGCGAGUUUCUUGCAUUCUAUGUGUUGUUGUGUUACAUUUUACCACUCUGUGCAAUGAUUUUUUUCUUCAUUUUCAUUUUGAAGGCUGCAUUUUCUCAGCGGGACCAUAUACACACUAUCAUGACCCAACACCAAUACUCCAAAGACACAGACACUGACCGAAAUCAGUAUUUAACUGAAGUUUGUGGUACAAAAAUGGUCGGUGUACUUUGUUUGGCAUGGUUGAUUUGCGAAAUGCCAUUUUUAAGUGCAUUCAUUGUACGUCUGACAUUCAGAAAUAUAUAUUACAGUCCAUAUGCUAACGUUACUUUAUUGUGGUUGAAAUUUUCUUAUGUGAUGGCGCUGCCAUUAACAGUGUUCAUGUUUAAUAAAGAUAUUUGGCAGACAUUUAAAGAUAUGGUUUUCUGCAAAAAAAGAAAUUCGGUGGAUGACUCAGCUAACAAAGAAUAUUCACCAGACAGUUCGAAAGACAGUUUAUCUGAUAAAUUGAAGUUGAAAGUUAAAUUAUCUGACGAAAUAAAAGUUUUUAAAGAGGAACAAGCCAGAGAAAAUGGCGUUCGAAAUACCGGAUUUCAAGUUCCUGUAUUUUUUGCUACAUCACAUGGUGUUCAUAUGCACACGAUGGAUGAUGAUGAAAGUUUGUCAGACAGUGAUGAUGUAUAUGACAAUCCGAAAGUAAUGAAAUGUGACGUACUUGGAUCUCAGGAAUUUCUUAAUCAGUGUGAUACUAGUGAUUACGAUUCAAGUAACGAAUUAGACCCAUUCUCAGUGUCACACCCUAUAACAAGCAAGAGUUUAAAGGAUGCAGACGAUACAUUGCAAAAACGAUCAAAUUCACACCCGGAAGUGAGAAUGAAAUCAACAGAUCACGCGCAAACGUCAGUUACAAUAUCGUCUGCGGCUGACUCAGGGUUAGAUAUAAGUACAAAUAAAACAGGAAUAGCUUUCUUAACAACAGAUACCUCCAAAACUAUUUUGGGUACUCAUAAUGAGAUAAGCGAACUCAGUCAGAGUAGUAGUGCUAGUAAAAAUGGACUUAAUAUCCCUGGAGAAAUUGCCGAGUCUUUCUCUAUGGCUGUGCUCGAGAGUACACCCAUUCAAAACGAAAAUGAAACUAUCUUAUGUUCAAACAGUUAUACGUCUGAUUUAGAGAGCACUGUAACGUCAAUUUCAGAUUCGUAUUCAUUGAAAAAUAAAAAGAAAAAGAAAAGGAAAGAAAAAUUUUCCCAAUCAAAUACUUCUGAAGUCAGCCAUACCUCAAGUUGCAUGCUCAGUAUUAAACCGCCAACGAGACUACAACCUCUACCAAACUCUCCAAAUCAUCCAAAACUUGAGGGAGGAACUUUAAGCAAUAAACUAUCAUUAGAUAUAUUAUCUGCUCAGCAAUUAUGCGACACGUCCGUCGUCACACCUAGUGCCUGUCAUCUUGUAUCUGAUGAUCUUGUUAACUAUGUACAGUCAUCUUAAACACAAUGAACUGUGAAUGUGUUUAUAGCAGAUAUAAGAAGAGUAUGGUAUUGGAGUAAGCACGAGACUGUUUUUUCUUUUUUCUUUUAUAUUUUGUAUGGGGCAUUAAUAUAUUCUUAAAAUUGUACAAACAUGUCGUAUGGUUUAGUUUCAGUUGUAAUAACAAGUUUUUAUUUAUUUCAAGUUUGAUUGUGAUGUUUAUUCGUAAUUUAUUGUUUGGUUGUAAAUCUAUUACGGUGUAAGAUCAAUAUCAUUCAUAUUUUUUAACCACUUAAUUUUCUGGUCCAAGUUGCGAAAUGCCUAAAAUUGUUGUUGACAUAAAGGCACCUGAAAUCCUUAAUGGACAUAAUGAUAGAUUCAUCACGAGUCGACCGUUAAAUUGUAAACUAUUAUAUUCAACUUAAUUAUAGAGAACAUGUUCUUAUAAAAGUGUAGUGCAGUGUUUGGACUAUUUUGAUCAGUUGUGAAUUUCAAAAUUUAUGCAGAAAUGAAGGACUAUUAUGAAUAUUUUGAAAGAAUAGAUUUAUGCCAACCUGAUAUCAAUAUUUCCAGGCAUUUUUUUCUUUCUUCAAACUUGAUUAUAAAUAUGAAGACCUUUUAAAUUAUCUUUAGAUUGAAAAGGUCUCAAUGCAACAUUUUUUCUGUGAAAAAAUAGAACGAUUUAUUACACAUUAACUCCUUUAUUCAGAUUCUUGCACGUUCGUUGCUUUCCACAAGAGGCCUUCGUUUUUAUUCAAUUUCUAUCUUCAAAAUACUAAACAGUUUUGAGUUCCACUUCUAAGAGUGAUAGCCCUUAUUUACAUUGCUUUCUAUAUGUAUACGGAUACCUUAUGUCAUUGAAGCGUAUUCAUAAUUCUUUAAACUCUUUUUCUUUUAAACAUGACUUUAAUGAUUUAGUAGUUUCACCUCGAUUAACAUUAUAAAAGAACUUUACCCCUGCAAUAUUUUGACAAGUGCAAUGCAUAAAAUGAAUAAUAAUAUCAAAUAAAUUAUUUUUCAAAAUACUCCUAAUGUGAAAUAAAUUGAGCGGAAAUGUCCCUUCUUGUUUGAAGACAAAUUGAUUAUGUCCCGAAACUCGAGUAUUAUAUAAUAUUUAUUCUUUUUUACACUUCUUUUUAUUACCAAACUUUAUAAAUUAACUGUUGUAACAGGAUUUUCAUGGUCAAUUAAACUUGUAUUUAUAGGCAUUUUGAUCGACUUUAAUUUAAGUAAUAUUUAAGAUUAUUUCCUGCAGUUAUUUAAAAUGCUAAAAUUCGUAAUGUUAUUGGAUGGUCUUGAAUCGUUUUUUUUUUUUUUUAAUUAUUAUUUUCAAUAUAAAGCAUACUUUUGCUUUUAUAUUGAUAUUGUGUGUAUUCGGUCUGUUUACAUUAAGGUUGUUUUUCUUUUCAGUAUCAUUCACAGGUAUAUCGACUUUCUCAUCAAAGAGGCUAAUAAUAUACAUGACAUGUUUGAUCAUAGACUAAAUGUGGACUGAAGAACUUGUCCAAUGGCAUGAUACCACAUAAAAUUGUUUAUGCAAAAUCGCUUUAAAAUCUACAGUAUAUAAUUUGGUAGAACACAUUUUUAAUAAGUCAAUAUUUCAUUAAGUUGACGUUGUUAAAAAGUGAAGACAUGACUUUUGUGUAUUAUUAUAGCAGAUCUGUGGGUCAUUGUUAAACUUAUAUCAUUUAAUUACUAUUACCAUUUGAUUUUUUGUUGUUGCCAAAAACAACACUUCUACAUUAACUACUUAUUGCUACUGCUAUGUACUUUUAAAUAAUAAUCACGUUAAUUAAAAUAUCUACCUCAGCUCUAGAUCUUGUUUGACAGAAUAAAUUACAUCCGAUUGUUGAAGUUCAAGAAACCUUUUUUUGAAAUGCUGCACUUAUAAAUAAAAAUUAUAAAAUUCAACCAAGAGCAAUAAAUUGUUCCCAACUCGGGGAUGCCAACACUUAAGCUGGCAAUAAGCAAUAAAUUGUAACAAAUAAGCGAGUUCACAAACUACAAAAUUCCUCUGACAUUUGGUUUGUUUUUGUUUUUGUUUUUGUUUUUGUUUUUUUUGCACUAGUUAAGAGUAUGAUUCCUUCGACGUCAGAAUGCUUUUGGACCGACUUAGAUUACUUUGUCAUUCGACGGCCUGUAUUCGAACUUGCGGUGUUUACAUGAAAUAAGCUAAGAAAAUAUAAUGUUUGGGUCAAACUAAGUAAUAUCAUGGUGCAAUGAACUUAUUUAAAAUACUCUCAAUUCAAAAUAGGAAAACUUGUCAUUAAAAUUUUAAUAGAUGUACUUGAAGCGUUCCGUUUCUUUGAAUGGUAUAGUAAAAUAUAAAACUUUAAUAUUCCAACUUGGAAUAUAUCCAGUAGUAUAGUCCGUUUAAGAAAUAAUGCAUGGUUUGUAUCAAUUAUUUCAAACAAUUUAACACGAUUUCUUUCAUAAACAGAACUUUCCGGUGUUUUGGGGGUAACAGAAAGGCAUUUAGUAUUUAUUAUAAAUUCGUAGUGCAAUUACUAUGUUAACCAUACACACACUAUAAAACCCAACCACAAUGUAAUAUUACAGUAAGUCAUUGGUACAUCAGUUCAAAGUUGGAACAUUUAAUGUAUUAGAUAUGUAAAUUUAAACCUAAAGACACAUCUAUUAGUUGUUUUAAAUUUUAACAUGAUUAUAUAAAAAUGCAGGUCAGAUUGCAACUCCAACAAUUAUAGUUAUAUGAAUAGCUCUUUCUUACGUCAUCGGGUCAAAUAACAGUAUACUUCAAGUAGAUUUUGUGACACUUUGUACUUGUUUAAAUGUAUUGUGUUUUUAUUAUGAAUGUAAUUUGCGAAUUGCACAUAAAUCUGAUAAAAGCUUUUAUGAUAUGCAUAUUAUGCAUUAUAUGUAUAUUGUAUUAGAUAGAGUUGAACAGGUGACCUUAGUCAACUCUCAGAGAAAAUCUUGGUCUCGUUUAAAUUGAAACUUCCAUGAAGUAUUAAUAUUGAUCACAUGUUUCAACGUUCCAAUCUUGAUUUCAUUUGUUUGAUUCUUUGCAGAUUUAUAUAUCUUUGACUUGGUAUGUUCAAUAAUUAAUGCGCUUUAUCAAAAUGUAUUGAAAAUGAUUGUAUCUAUGGCGUGAAAGUAUUUAAGAAACAUUUCUCUGUUGCAAUGAAUGCAUUAUUUUGUGCUCUCUGAAUUACCAUGUCUUGGUUUGUUAGUGGUAUAAGUACACUUCAGGAAACAUAAGAUAUUCUUAAUUAUUUGUUAAUAAUUGUUAUCCAUUUAUUAAGUUAUUUUAUGUAUAUAUUUUUUAUUGUUGUUGAAGAAUUUUUGACAUUUUUGAUAUGUUGCACGUUUUGAUACAAAUAAUUCCGUCCAGUGAAAUGUUUACUUUUUGUAACUUUCAAAGUUGAAUAAAAAAAAGAUGAAAAUA